UUCAAAUGUUUGGUGAUUGCGGGUACUCCCUCACCUUUGCUGGGAAUGUUUUUCGGAGUAAAAAGUUAAUUUUUAUAGAAAUAAACGGCCACCUCGGUGGCCAAAAAAUGGCGUAUCAUACUUUGUCAUUUCUUCCCAGCAAACUUCGCGCAGCCACUGCAUUGUGUAGUAAAUGAAUCUCAAGUUUGUGCAAUAACAUAGAGCUUAAACAUUGAUUUGAUUUUAAAAAGUCAUAGCUAAGAUUUGGCUUUGGGUUAUUCAAAGGCAACUCAUCCUCUACGGUAUGGAGGUGCAGCAAAUAUUUUGAAGUACAUGCAUUAAGACACUCAUUCAGUGGCACAACAUUACUCCACCCUGAAAUCAAACAAAGCAGCUUGUAAACCAAUAUUCUUUUGUUUCGUCUUCUUUUAUAGUCUCGUUCUCUUGAAAACCGAGUUCCACAAGUCUAGGAAAGACCUUCUUUUGGCCUUUAACUACUUUAACAAGAGUGACCGUGAGAUUUUCAAAUUAGCAUGCGCAUUGUGUUAUCUGACAAUCUCUUUCUCAGAAGCUUUGAAGCGACAACACGAAUGCUUUCGGGACGAGAUCAUUAUCAAGACUGUUUCCGUGACUCAAAACUCUACUACACAGACUUAAUUCAAAUUUAUGAAUAAAUUAUGCGAUGUCGAGUGAUCUGAUAUAUCUCAAAACAAGCCCAGAUAGGAAUCGUACAUUUCGGAAUGGCUAAACUUAUCGACCUAUAUACUUUAAAAACGGAAUAUUGACUUCUUUUAAAAGCAUUAAGAGCAUGCGCAUGAAAAAUAUCAAGCUGAACCAGGCAGGAGGUUCGAGUCUGCGCUGCGCUUUAAGUCUGAUAAUUAUAGGACAUGAUCCAGUGGAUUUCAUUUCAACGUGGCCUUUCUUCUUUUAGAAAUAGUAAACCAAAGAAAGCUAGUUAAAUAUGCAUAAAUAGGCGUUAAAUGGCCAUUUUGCAGGGGGUCCUCUUAAAGGGCCUUAGUCAGCCACACCUUGGUUUUUGUUUACAUGCGAAAGUUUGACUAUUAUACUUUAUUCGGAGCAUGUUGAAACGAAGGAAAUCACUGUGAAACUACUAAAGAUAAUUGUACAGCUUUCAGGUACACAACUUAAUUACAGUAAAACAAUAAAAUUUCGUUUCACCAUGCAAUAUUAAUAAUUUCAAUGGCAUCGAAGAUGGCGGAGGCUAACUAGGGUCCUUUACGGGUUAGCGUUUCAAAUAUUUUGACCGUCUAUUUUUUCCAUAAUCAUUCGCUUACCAAACCCAACUAAAUCUGUGAUUUGAGUUGUAUCAGCCCCUGCCUGGUUCCCUCAUGGACAAACUAGCGCCCAAGCUCAAGAUUCAAACUUUGAAAACUGUGAAUCUUUUAAAAAUCUAACAACAAUACCUUGUAAAAAACUGGGGUCGUUGAAUUGUAAAACAUCAAUUGGUUUAGCUUUCUUACAAAGGUAAAGUAAAUACGAAGCAUAUUUUCCAGUCAUUUGAGGACUUCUUCUUCAAAUAAAAUAAAAAAUCGCAUUAUUUGAAAUCUAUGACAACCAAACGAGCAAAAUUUGGCAUUUUAUAAAAUGGAUUCCAAGGGACUUUUUUUGAUAAAGUUUGGGGGACCUCGAUUUUUCUUUCUAUCACCUCAAUCGAUCCAUGGUAUUUAUAGAAAGUUGCUCUUAAAAAAAAAAUAACUUAUCUGUAUUUUGCAAUACAAGCUAACCAUAAAAAAUUCACGACGUUUCGACCUCUCCGAGGUCAUUUUUAAGCACAAGUAAAAAUAUAUAAAAUUAGCAUAAAUAUUUUUCUAACAUUAAAAAUACUUUAAAAUUUCACAAACGGUAGAAUGCAGUAAAUCUGUAAGAUACGUGAAUAAAAAUAAUUACAGUGUGGUUGAUUUUGUGAUUCAAUUCGCCCAAUUAAAUUCUUUGUUUAGAUCAGUUCUUUUAAGCUUAUUAGUAUUGUUUUAUUGUCUGAUUGUUUUAGGUCCCCUUUUUUAUCACUUAACUUACGUUUUUUAUUGCAUUCUACCGUUCACCACAUUUUUAAGCAUUUUAAUUGUCAGAAACAUAUUUAUGCUAAUUUUAUAUAUAUUUAUCGCACUUGAAAACGACCUAGGAGAGGUCGAAACGUCGUGACUUUUUAUCGUUAUUUUUUAUUGCAAAAUCGAUCUCAAAGAAAUUACUCAUCGAGAUUUUCUCUGUUUGCCUAAAAAUAUAGGGAUAGUUUCAUUUACUGAUGGGAGCAACAAGAGUGGAAUGUUGAAAUGAAGGUGCAAAUUACUACGAAGAAACUCGUCAACUGCCCGACAGCUAUCCGUAGUAUUUCCAUGAUGGCUUGAGAUCACCCGCAUCCUUCAAACGCUAAUAUAGCAAAAGACUUCGGUUAUCUUUAGCCCGAGAGGUCUUUUUUCAAAGAUCAACCGGGUUUCGAACAUUCACGGAUCGAGUUCGUUCGAAAAUCACUUUAGUACUUUCGCAGUUUCUAAAGAAAUUAAACCCGACGAUUGCCGAAGAUGGCCGGAAUGUGUCUGAAGUUUUUCCAUUGCAAACACACUGGAUAUUGUUCAUACGACGCAUGGAAGACAGAGGGUUCUGCCCAGUCGAGCUGAGGCGAGACGCUGAAGAAAUGAGACCAAACAGCUUACAGAAAAUUCCGUUCUUGUUGCUUGCGGGCAUGAUACUGUGUGGAGUCAAUGAAGCUUUGCAGUUGGAAAUACAAGCAUUUCAGCCAGCGGUUGUUCCUAUACGAGCAAUCACCACUCUGACGCUUAAAACUGACAGGGAACUGAACGUGACGUCAAACACCUCUCUUCAAUGCCGGUUCAAGGAGAUCUCGGUGCCGGCCAGAAUGGAAGACGGUUUUAUCUUUUGUGACACACCACCGAUACGUAACACCGACAGAGUCUCGGUUCAUCUUGAUGUUGACGGGAAGCUGUUUAAAACUAAGAAGCCACUGUACUUUUAUGAACCAUUCAAAGUAACUAAUAUCACUCCACCAGUUGUCUCACCGGCUCAAAACGUCUUCUUGACCGUCAGCGGUAUCUCUUGCAAAGAAUGGAUGCAGUACUUCGUCAGAUUUCAGACUGGGAACGGGACGAAGAAGACCCAGCAGGGGAUCUGUAAGGAUUCUAUUGUCUCAUGCUACGUGUCUGAGUUUCCACCCAAUACUCGACUCCGAGUUGGCUUGACCUUGAGCAAUAGACUUGUGCAGUGGGCCGACAAAAAGAUUCUUAUUCAGUACCCCAUCGACGCCAUGAGAAGCUCCGUUCAAGAUGUCGUGACAAAUACUACCCAGAAAGGAGCAUUUACCUUCCGGGUAGCGCUGAAGGACCGCUUUAACAACUCCAUCAGAAUCACUGACAACAAGAAACAUGCAAAGAUAUCAGUGCAGUAUUCUUCCUAUACUCAACCCCAGUCAAUGACGUUUCUCCAGUGCUCCACAACGCCAACAACUACCGGAGAUGGAGAUGCCUUUGUGUUAAAUUGCGCUGGAGCUGAAAAAGAACGAAUCUUGUUUUAUCCUUCGAUAAACAAUGUGCCACUUGGAGGACAAGAGAAAUAUGAAGCUCGAACUACCUUAUGUCCAGGAAGAAGCAGUUGCGACAUUCAAGAGAAGUCGACGUCGUUACCACUGGUUCUUCCACUUGCUUGCGGAGGGGUUGCUCUGUUGAUUUUAGUGGUGGUUGCAGUGCUGUGUUUUGUUCGACGUCGCAGUGAAGAAUUUGUAUUCGAAAAGAAACUGAGGGAAUUCCAGAAGAGAAAGAAGUCAGAAAAAAUGGAGGUUCUGCGGCCUGAGAAUGACUCGGCCGAUGACCCUACGAGUCAACUAGUCAAGCUCACAGCGUUUUAUCCUCAAUUGGAUCAUCAACAACAGCAAAGUGGUGCCGAGCGCAGAUAUGAAGGGACACAAUCUGCAAGGCCUUCAGAUGUUUCAGAUGUUUCACCGGAACUUAGUUUGGAGCAACGGGAAGGGAGUGGAUAAUAAUCACACGGACACAAAAAAGAACGAAUGAAUGUAAAAAUGUUUUCUUGAAAUAGACCAUUUUACAGUUGUCUGCUUGGUGACCUGGGCUUUGAAUGGCAG